UCGGCUGCGGCCGUGGGCGCGGGGCGGGGCGCCGCGGCUUUAAAGGGGGUCCCGGGGCGCCGUCCUUCGUGUCCCCGCGGUGGUCGGGGCCGCGAGCUGGUGUCGCCGCCGCUCUGGCUUCUCGCGGGGAAGGGGCGGGGUCGCAGACCCCCACUUCCGGUUCCGGCCGUCGCUCCCGGCGCGCCGCCAUGGAGGAGCCGGAGAUGCAGCUGAAGGGGAAGAAAGUGACAGACAAGUUCACGGAGAGCGUGUACGUCCUGGCCAACGAGCCGUCGGUGGCGCUGUACCGCCUGCAGGAGCACGUGCGCCGCUCCCUGCCCGAGCUGGCGCAGCACAAGGCUGACAUGCAGCGCUGGGAGGAGCAGAGCCAGGGCGCCAUCUACACGGUGGAGUACGCCUGCAGCGCCGUGAAGAGCCUGGUGGACAGCGGGGUGCACUUCCGCAGCGUGGAGGGGCUCCUGAGACAGGCCAUCAGCAUCCGGGACCACAUGAACGCUGCCCAGGGCCACAGCCCCCAGGACCAGCCGAGUCCUCCUCGGCCUGACCCGGGAGAGCCUGCAGGCGCCCCUGACCAGGACCCCAGGACAGAUGCCACCCUGCGGCCGGCAUCUCAGGCCUCCUGCCCCUGACCGCUUCCUGUACCCACACCAGGCUCCCCCGAGAGGCAGGUGCGGCCAGAAAUUAGAGGAGAGGAGACAGACAUCUGCAGCCCUGCUUCACCACUCCUGCAGGUGGGGACCAGGGGCUUGAACCCGGGUCCUGGGGUGUGGUGACUUGCGCACCACCACUUGUCCCCAUCCUCUGGCUCAACGUAGAUGUACUACGUCCUUCUAAAAGCCUUCGAGUGCGGGAGAGAGACAGCACAGCGGUUAUGCAGAGACUCCUGCCUGGGCUCUGAGGCAAUAACCCUGGAGGCAACAUAAAAUAUAAAAGGAGAGACAGCGUAAUAAUAGUCAUGGGGAGACUCCCACCGGAGGCUCUGGGGCCCCGGGUUCAAUCCCCCGCCCCGACACACACACACAUCCCAUCAGUCAGCUGAGCAGGGCUCUGGGGGAAAUGAUGGUGAUGACUUUGCAAAAGACUCCCACCUGAGACUCUGAGGCCUCGGGUUCAAUCCCCCACACCACCGUCAGCCAGAGCUCAGCAGGGCUCUGGGGAAAAGAGCUUUGUUCACCCGCGCACACGCACACCUGCAGGGGGGGGGGUGCAGGAGCCCCUCUCUCCUCCCCACUCUAUCGCCUCCUCUCUCAGUUUCUGUCUCCACCAAUAAAGUGGGAAAACGCGCCA